AUGCCCUGGAGAUACGGGCUUAUCUUCCAGGCCCAAAUUCCCAACUCUUCGGACGAGGGAGCCUCGUGUCAACCGGCUCCUAUUCUUUCUAUUAUUCUCAUUGUUGCACUUAAUAAUCAAUCUAUCUAUCGUUCUAUCUCAUUCUGUUCAUAUCUAUCUAUCUAUCUAUGUUCAUUAUCUAUCGAUCUCAGUCUGUUCAUUAUCUAUCUAGCUAUUAUAAUUAUGUAUCUAUCUCAGUCUGUUCAUUAUCUAUCUAUCUAUCUAUCUGUCUAUUUCUCUAUAUAUGUAUGUAUGUAUAUCUUUCUGUCUAGUUCAAUCUGUUUAUAUCUAUCUAUCUAUUUCAUUCUGUUCAUAUCUAUCUAUCUAUCUAUCUAUCUAUCUAUCUAUCUAUCUAUCUAUCUAUCUAUCUCAGCCUUCAUUAUCUAUCUUGUCAAAGACGAAUCGCGUAACGUGAGAUUUUUUUUCAUUUCGUCAUUCAAUUACCCCUAUAAUCUGGUAUAUAAUUUUGUAUAUCAUAUUUUCCCUAUCUGUUUAUGCAAUCCUGUCUCUAUCUAUCUAUCUAUCUAUCUAUCUAUCUAUCUAUCUAUCUAUCUAUCUAUCUAUCUAUUUUUACGAAAUGGAUUUAAAUUAACACGCAUUAAUAUUAACACUAUCACUCAGACUCACUAG